CUCACCUUACCCUUACGCCACCACGAUCCCUUUUCAUCGUUCAUUUUUCUCAUAAUUCUUUUGCAGUUUUUCUUUUUUCACGAUGACCAAAUCUUACCUCAUGAAUGGAUUGAUAGAGAAGAUGCAAUCGCCAGACCAGGACUUUCGAUUCAUGGGUUUGAACGAUUUAAUGAAUGAGAUCAAGCAAGACCAAGGUUCUUUCGUUGGAGAUGAAGUGCUUGAAAACAAAGUAUUAGGACAAGUACUUGCAUUGGUUGAGGAUAAGAUCUCAGAGGUCAAAAACCAAGCUGUCAAAUGUCUCGGCCAAUUAAUCAAGAUUCUGCGUCAAACACAGAUGGAGAUGGUGGUAGACAAGUUGAUCGAGUUUUCUGGUGGCAAGGAUGAUGAACUUCGGGAUAUCUCGGCUCUAGCCCUCAAGACCAUUACUGCUGAAUUACCGGCCGAUGGAAAGAUAUCUGCUUCGGCGUGUGCGAAACUAACGCCCAAAUUGUUAGGCCAGGCAGAAAAGUCUGACACGCCGCCAGAAGCCCUGGUAGAGACACUGUCUAUCCUCUCCAUUUUGAUCAGCCGGUUCCCUCAAAACCUAUCUAGCGCGACAUUUUCUCCGCCUCCGUUGGUUGUCCUUGCCCCCUUACUUUCUCACUCUCGCCCCGUUGUACGAAAACGCGCCAUCGUCACUCUUUCUCAGUUCAUACCCAUUUCCCAACCGGGACUAUUCAACGAAUUGUUGAAAUCAAGUGUACUUCCUCAUCUAGCAGCAAAUGCGAACAUCGAAAAACAACGGACCACAGUGCAAUUGAUUGCUGCUGUUGCGAGACAUUCGCCUUCACAAAUCGCGCAAUCGCUAGGGGAAAUCGUUCCCCCAAUCACUAAAGCGAUUCAGAGGGAUGAUGACGAGCUGAGGGAGGGAUGUUUACAGGCUCUGGAGGUGUUGUUAUUGAGAUGUCCCGGUGAACUCACCCCUUACAUCUCGAGUGUCAUUCAAGUCGGGAAUCAAUACAUCAAAUACGAUCCAAAUUACGCGGGUGGAGAUGAGGAAGAGGAAAUGGACGUGGAUGAUGAUGGCGACGACGACGACGCCGAACUUGAUGAAUAUUCCGAUGACGAAGACACUUCAUACAAGAUUCGGCGUUCCGCCACAAAACUUCUCGCAGCUCUUAUAGCUACGCGACCAGAACUGCUCUCCGUCGUUUACAAGGAAGUUUCUCCUGUUCUUAUUUCACGCUUUGGUGAUCGUGAAGAAACUGUCAAGCUAGAAGUCUGGUCCACAUAUGCCAUUCUUCUGAGUCAGACAGCCGUUUAUGGUGGUCUUUCGCAGACUGCAGAAGAUGUCACCCACGGGAAGCGAAAACGAGAUACGGAUACGAUGGAGACAGAAGGAAGCCCUUACUCUUUGUUGAAAGGGCAGGUCCCCAAUCUUUCUAAAGCCUUACUUAAUCAACUCAAGGCCCCGAAAACACCUCCAGCUACACUUCAAGCUGGAUUUUCGCUCUUGCUUUCACUUUUGACUGUUAUGCCCGGAAGUUUAUCCAAUCAAGUGCCAUUAAUCACUUCAACCUCGAAAUCGGUUUUAUCACAACCACCGACGACCUCCACUUCCACACUCUACCUCUCAUGCUUGUCUUUUCUCAGCUUGUUCUUCUCCUCCCAUUCACCCCCUGCCUUCAUCGGUUCUCUGCCCACUCUUACGCCACCUUUAAUCAAAGCUGUCGGAGAGCGUCACCCCCGUGUUGCAUCAGAGGCCUUCCGUGUCUUUUCUGCUCUUUUACAGGCGAUGAAGCCAGUGAAGAACACAGAUUGGACCGACAAACUUUACGAGCUCGCAUUGGUACGAUUGACAAAUCACGAUACAGACGCCGAAGUCCGAGCAAAUGCAGAAGACUGCAUCGCCGAUUUAUGGAUCUGCGCGAAUGACAUGAUGAAGGGCAAAGAUAGGAAAGAAUGGGAGGCAAUUUGCCGGCAAAAUGGAAGGUCCGAGGGUGCAAUCAAGGUUAUAAUCAAAGUCGCUAGCGAGGUCACCGUCGGAGACGACUGGGUCAAUGGGUGCGUCGAAUGGCUGAUUGGUCUUCUGAAGAAAGCCGGGAGGGCCGGCAAAACGGAGACCUUCACCGCUAUCGAUGUUCUGCUGAGGAGUUAUACUGCCGGUGUACCAGCUGAAUUACCCAGUGUUCUGAUCACGCAUAUCAAGCCCUACUUGACUGUUUCGGACAUUGCGUUGCUCUCGCAGGCCCUCACCACACUCUCCGUCCUGCUCAAACUCGCCCCAGCGAUCACUUUCCCGGAGGUUGAGAAGUUCCUCUUGUCGACUAUCUACACUAUUUCUCACUCUCCUCUGGUUUCCGGGUCUGCGCUCGAUUCGUUGUUGGCCUUCUAUGCUGCUCUUAUCCGCGCGGACGAACAAAUUGCUACGCAUGUUGUACCGAAUUUGGUCCUCACGGUGGAGAAAGUUGGCAGGGUGGAUGCCAAUCCGGCUAAUGUAGCCAAAUGUGUCGCACAAGUAGUGAGAAGCCAUCAGGGUGUUGCAGCUGGAACCAUUGUAGAAUAUGCUAAGCAUAUCAAGUCUUCAAAAGCGAAAGUAUCGACAGUUGUUCUCAGCCUUCUCAUCCUGGGCGAAUUAGGUCGUUUCAUUGACAUGACUCCCCAGCAAGAUAUCUUCGCCAACGCUAUCGAACACUUUUCUGCCGAACAGGAAGAAGUUCGUUCAGCUGCCGCCUUUGCGGCGGGUAAUAUCGCGAUCGGCAAUCCCCAUCAAUUCCUUCCUGCGAUAGUCAAGCUUGUGCAGAGCGAUGCGAAGAAACGCUUGCUGGCUCUUCAUGCCUUGAAGGAGGUCGUGACCCACUGCUCAAAUAGCCAACUCGAAAACGUGACCGAUCUACUAUGGGUUCCUCUCUUUGAAAAUUCGGAGAACUCUGAAGAAGCAACGCGAAAUGUUGCUGCAGCAUGCCUUGGCAAGCUAGCAACGACUCACCCAUCGAAAUAUCUUCCGCAGCUUCAUGCCCGAAUCCGUGAUAGCGACCCUGCAGCCAGGGCAACGGUUGUCUCGGCCAUACGCUACACCUUUGCAGACACUGCACAAUCUUAUGAUGAACUUCUUUCACCACUUCUUGUCGACUUCCUUUCCUUGAUGGUGGACAGUGAUUUGACUGUUCGUCGACUGACGCUAUCGGCUUUGAAUUCCGCUGCUCGCACCAAACCGCAUCUCGUCAGGGAUCAUUUGAACGCCCUCCUUCCCAACUUGUACCAGGAAACGAUCGUCAACCAGGAUCUCAUUAGAACAGUGCAAAUGGGCCCUUGGACACACAAGGUGGAUGAUGGUCUUGAAGCACGGAAGACCGCCUAUGAGACCAUGUACACGCUGCUGGAUACUUGUUUGACGAAGCUCGACUUGCACGAGUUCAUCGGUCGCGUCUUCUCUGGCCUUGCAGAUGAUUCGGAUGAAAUCAAGGUCAUCUCCCACAUGAUGCUUUUCCGAUUAUCGCAAGUAGCGCCUGCCGCUGUAUCUCAACGGCUAGAUGAAGCCACUCCACAGCUCGAGAAAACGAUGAAGGGAGCACAAGUGACAAAGGAUACAGUCAAGCAAGACUUAGAGCGGGCCGCUGAACUACAGAGAAGCGCGUUAAGAGCGGUAGCAGCUCUCAGUAAAGUUGGCGCUGGUGUUUCGCCUCGAUUUGAUACGUUUGUGGAGGAGCUAAAGAAGAACCCAACUUGGGGUGCCGAGUUUAAAGAGUUGGUCGGACAAUGAAUGUGGACUCGAAUUUGAUCGAAAUAGUGUGUACUACCAUGACUUUCAUGUUUAUUUUACUGUGGUCCAGGCGAGAAUCUAAUUGAUCGUGCUUC